CGUUGCCCUCAUCCAGGAACCGUGGAUACACGGCAAUAAAAUCUGCGGACUUGGGAUGAAGGGCUUUAAGCUUAUUGCCGCACAAAAUGCAGCUUAGUGACGGCGAUCUGGUAGUGGCAAGCAUUGAGCUGGACAAAACCAGCUUUUGGGUAGCCUCUGCCUACAUGGCCCAUGACAAGGACGUGCCACCAGACGGGUUUCGGACCUUGGCCGAGGAAGCAGCCUUCAAGAACAAACCACUGGUUGCCUCCUGCGACGCUAAUGCCCACAACUUGAUGUGGGGGAGUACGGACACGAAUGCUAGAGGUGAGUCGUUACUAGACUUCAUUCUAGGGAACAAACUUAGUGUCUUGAAUUUAGGCUCAGAGCCGACCUUCAUAACAAAGAGUAGAGAGGAAGUUUUGGACAUAACCCUGGCUUCAGACAUGUUUGCCCAUAAAAUCAAGAGAUGGAGAGUACUGAAGGAAAAAUCGUAUUCUGACCAUCGUUAUAUUGAAUUCGAAAUAGAUCUUAAGACCCCCCAAGUAAGGGAGUUCAGAAAUGUUAGAAAUACCGACUGGGGGGUUUACAAUAAUAAAUUAAGGACUUUACUGCCAAAGAUACCUCCCCGAGACCCCGCCACGCAGGUGGAGCUGGAGGGGUUGGUUAAUCAGGUUACUAAAGCCAUGAAUAGUUCUUUGUCAGCCGGGUGCCCGGUUGUUCGAUACAGGGGAAAAAGCAAACCACCUUGGUGGUCGAAACAAUUAUCCUUGUUACGUGAAUCUAAUAGGUCAAUGUUCAACAAGGCCAAAGCCACGAGAGCAGCAGAGGACUGGGAAGCCUACAAGGCUGAUCUGAAAGUAUACAAAAAAGCAGUUAGAAAUGCGAAACGUAAAUCCUGGCAAAGUUACUGCAAGGGAAUUGAGGAAACCACGGAAGCGGCCAGAUUAAGAAGAAUUCUUGCAAAGUCGCCAUGCAACCUUGGCUAUCUCAAGGGUCAAGGGAACUCAUGGACUACGACGAGCGAGGAAUCUUUAGGUCUCCUCCUGGACACACACUUCCCUGGAAAUAAGCCGGUGGAACCUAAUGACCCCCAGAAUGAAGGGGGGCUAUCUGAUCUGGGAAACCGACUGAUUACAAACGAAAAAAUUGAAUGGGCUAUUAAGACUUUUGGUCCUUACAAGUCACCGGGACUUGAUGGAAUACACCCGGUAGAGCUACAGCAAUCACGGCGUACUAUCUCUCCGUUCAUUGUGGCCACGUAUAGCUGUCCGUGCGAAAAGCACGGCUCCUCCAAAUUCAAUCUGCAUACUCGAAGAGUUUGUCCUGGCGCCUUGUUGACGGACAUGGCAAAUGCUAGACGCACUGGGAAUUGCAAACGCUUGAAUUCAAACGUCAUCGCAAAUAUUGAUUCACAUGACAGCUGUGAUAUCGAACAUGUUGCACAGAGCUCUGAUUUGGAUAUGGAAAUAAAUAUUCGAGGAUAUGGGAGCAUACCUAAAAAUCCGAUGAGUCUAGUGGUAUUGUAG